UUAAACUACUGAAUGAAAAAAUUAUAUCACAAACGUUUUAUAACUUUGAUAAGUGAGAGGUUUUCUUAAAAAUAAAAGUAAAAAUGCAAGGCCUUGGUCUUCAAAGUAUCAAAAAAAAUCCUGCGUUGAUUCCGCUCUACGUUUGUGUUGCUGCAGGAGCAAUCGGUGCUGUGUACUAUACAGCUCGCUUAGCAACUAGGAAUCCUGAUGUAACAUGGAAUCGUAAUUCUAAUCCAGAACCUUGGCAAGAAUAUAAAGAUAAACAGUACAAGUUCUAUUCACCUAUAAGGGAUUACAACAAAUCACAUAGCCCAGCUCCUAAAUACGAAGAAUAAAUUUAAAUAUGAUAAUUUAAAUAGAAUUAUUAGUUUAAUAACAUUGUAACUCAUCUUGAAAAAAACUUUUCUGUAAUAGAUAGUUACAAAUAUAUUAUG